AUGGAGUGGCCGAAUGAAACGAUCGCCGGAUUUUUAACUUUGUAUGAAGGCGAACCCUCUCUGUGGAAUUCGAAAAAUGCGGAGCAUAAAAACAAAAACGACCAGCAUGAUGCCUGGCUGCGAAUUAAACAGAAUUUAAAAGGUGGUACCAUACCGUUACAAGAAAUUAAAAAGAAAAGGGAUUCUUUAAUGGGAACCUAUAGAAAAUUAAGAAGUAAAGUUUGCCAAUCAAUAAAGUCUGGCAGCGGUGCUGAUGAAAUCUAUAAGCCUGACUGGCCAUUUUAUAAUGUGAUGGCCCAUGGCUGGAGGUGGCAAUUCGACUCACAAGACAUAGUGCGCUGCGCUAAACAGACUGAAUCAAACUGA